GGGUCGACAACAAUUUGCCGGGCACACCCAAGACCCGCGGAAGCCACGACGACAAGCCUCCAUCGCCUCUUGUUGUUUGCGGGCCCCAUACGUCAGAGACCACAAGCCCGAGGCUUAACUCUCCCUGCCGCUAAUCCCUCGCGCCGCCGGAGGGAAGCAAGAGAUAGAUCUGUCCGCGGCCAUGGCGGCGGCGGCGGCGGCGGCGGAGCAAGGCGUGGACGCCGCGAGGAAAGAGGAGGAGGAGGAGCAGGUAGUGAAUCCGUGGGAGGUGUCGGCGGGGAAGGGCGGCAUCGACUACGACAAGCUCGUGGACCAGUUCGGCUGCCAGCGCAUCGACGACGCGCUCGUGGACCGCAUCGCACGCCUCACCGCCCGACCACCGCACUGCUUCCUCCGCCGAGGCCUCUUCUUCGCCCACCGUGAUUUGAACGAGAUACUGGAUUUGUAUGAGAACGGGCAGAAGUUCUACCUCUACACGGGGAGGGGGCCCUCGUCGGAGGCCCUGCACCUCGGCCACCUCAUCCCCUUCAUGUUCACAAAAUACUUGCAGGAGGCUUUUAAGGUGCCCCUAGUUAUACAACUGACUGACGAUGAGAAGUACUUGUGGAAAAACUUGACUAUUCAGGAAAGUAAAAGGCUUGCCCGUGAAAAUGCUAAAGAUAUUAUAGCAUGUGGUUUUGACAUUGAAAGAACAUUCAUUUUCUCUGAUUUUUCUUUUGUUGGAGGUGCUUUUUAUGAAAACAUGAUGCAAGUUGCCAGAUGUGUAACUAUGAAUAAGGCUAUUGGAAUAUUUGGGUUCAAUCUUGAGGAUCACAUAGGAAAGGUUAGCUUUCCUCCAGUGCAGGCAGUCCCAUCAUUCCCUUCUUCAUUUCCCCAUCUCUUCGCUGGCAAGGACCAACUGCGGUGUCUUAUCCCAUGUGCAAUAGAUCAGGCAGACUUAGUGAUGGAGGCUCCCACAUGGACGGGGGAAAGGGAUAAACAAGGCGGGCCCUUUCCCUGCAAAUGUGGAGAUGAUGUUUCGAAUCCACGACCUGGUGACUCAGAUCCAUAUUUUAGGAUGACUCGUGAUGUUGCUCCUAGAAUUGGUUAUCAGAAACCAUCACUGAUUGAAUCUAGAUUUUUUCCUGCUCUUCAGGGGGAGAACACAAAAAUGUCAGCUAGUGACGCAAAUUCGGCGAUAUACGUGACAGAUAGUGCUAAAGAAAUAAAGACAAAGGUGAAUAAAUAUGCCUUCUCAGGUGGCCAGGACUCAAUAGAGCUCCAUAGAAAACUUGGCGCUAACCUUGAUGUGGAUGUCCCAAUCAAAUACCUGAACUUCUUCCUUGAAGAUGAUGACGAGCUUGCGCACAUAAAAAAGGAGUACAAGGAGGGAAGGAUGUUGACUGGUGAAGUGAAGCAACGGCUUAUUGCAGUUCUAUCUGAGAUUGUUGCUAGACACCAGAGAGCUAGAGCUCAAGUGACCGAAGAGAUGGUCGAUGCAUUCAUGGCAGUGAGGCCUCUUCCCAAUAUGUUUGGCUGAGCAUCACGGCGACAACUUGAACAAACAUUUUUGUUAUCAGGGAGAAUUUUAAGAGUCUUUAGAAUUGUCGUGCCACCAUAAGUAUCCCCUGUGUUUUACUUCUUCGGGAUUUAGGCAAACCUGGCCAAACAUCCCAUGUGGUGGCUGUGGUUGAUUUUGUAAACUCAUACUUGAUAUGGUAUCAAUGAUUCAAUUCAGACAUUUUUUUUCAAGCAUAUGCAUGCCAUUGUAAUAGAGAGCACCUCUUUUUUAGUUAUAAACGGAUGUUGCUUUUGUUCAAUUCAA